GUCUAACCUAGCAAGCACUUCUGGGGCGCCAGCCUGGUGCUGAUUCCGCUGGCCAAAUUGGCCCGUUUUAUCGUUGAUUGGACACAUUAGACUGCUGAACGCGCCGACAAGCGGCGAGAGAAUCGAUACGACACAUACCAUGCAUCGACUCAUUCUCACCCUGCUGCUGACCAGCGCCGCAGCGAUGCGGUUCGAGGACUAUGAGGUCGCAUUCAACAAGAAGUAUUCCUUCGGAGAGCGCAUGAUUCGCCGCGCGCAUUUCGAGCAGUCGCUCCAACGCGUCGCGGCCCACAACGCGGGCGGCCACUCGUGGAGAGCUGGCAUCAACCAAUUCUCUGACCUCUCCGACGAAGAAUUUAAGAACAGCUACCUGAUGAGACCGCAAAAGUGCAGCGCCACGAACACCGUCGGCGUUCCGGGGGAAACUGCGCAUCUCCGCGGCGCCGAGAACAAGAAGAAAACGGCCGAUCUGCCCCCGAGCAUCGACUGGCGCUCGCGCGGCAUCGUCUCCGAGGUGAAGAACCAGGGCGGCUGCGGAAGCUGCUGGACCUUCUCGACGACUGGAGCACUCGAGGCUCACCUCGCGCUCAAGGCGGGCGCGUGGCGAGCGCCGCGAUUGUCCGAGCAGCAGCUGGUGGACUGCGCGGGCGCCUUCGACACGAAGGGCUGCGACGGCGGGCUACCAUCGCACGCUUUUGAAUACAUAAAACAUGCCGGGGGCCUCUCGACCGAGUUCGCCUAUCCGUACCACGCGAAGGACCAGAAGUGCUCGUUCAACGCCUCGGCGUCGGUCACGGCCCCGCAGUCCAACGGCAUCGGCAUCCGAGUGCCCGGUGGGAGCGUGAAUCUCACCAAGGGCGACGAGGUGGCUCUCAAGUACUACCUGGCCACCAAAGGGCCGGUGUCGGUGGCGUUCGAUGUGGCGUCCGAUUUCAGAGAUUACAAGAGCGGCGUCUACUCGUCGACGAUCUGCAGCCACGACGCGGAGCACGCGAGUCACCGUGCGAAAAAAAAUGUUGCGACGCGAGCUCACCGGUCGAUGUCCACGCAGGUCAACCACGCGGUGCUGGCCGUCGGCUACGGCGUCGAUCCGGUCUCGGCCAAGCCCUACUGGCUCAUCAAGAACUCGUGGGACUACACCUGGGGCGAUUCGGGAUACUUCCGCAUGGAGGCGUUCAAGAAUAUGUGUGGUGUUGCCGACUGCAACUCGUUCCCUGAUCUAUACGGCGCCUGACUCUGAGCCGACGUCAACGCUGUCGACGCGACUACUCGAUGGCUAGACUCGAUGGCGUACGUCGCGACAACGACAAUUGCGCGAAGACAUGUGUUCCCCCUUCCUGUGUAAUAUACGAUAAC